AGUAGAGUUAUGUAUUCAAUCAAGCUACUUUCAAAAGCAGUAAUCAUUCACCUGUAAAUUCGUGGUGACCUGCCUUGAACUAUAAUAAGGUUUAAUUUGUGGCAAAAUUUUACGGUAACGCACAAGUCCUUUUUUGACAGAAUUCUGUUCCAAAUAAAAUGCACAUUAAAACAAGAAAAUAAAGAGUGAUUUAACGCCUUUUGGAAACACUCUUCCGUUGAUUUUCAUCGAGGCAAUCACAGUUUUGCUGUUAAAUUUUUCGAACUACGAAGAUAAUUUAAUUCUGUUGAUCAAACAUCUCUGACUUCCAAAGAAUGGCGCCUCAAAUCGUUCUGAUGACCGGUUCUUCUUCUGGAAUCGGUCUCGUCAUGGCUCAACGUCUCGCUCGAGAUCCCGAUCACCGAUUCAUCGUCAUUGCCACCGUGAUCGCGAUGUCGGAGAAGAACGAUCUCGAGGCUGCUGUGAAAGACGACAUCGAGAAGACAGUUUUCAUCAAGGAGUUGGACAUCACAAACGAUGAACACAUUACUGAAGUAGUUGAGGAUGUCAUCAGUAGUCAUGGACGCAUCGAUGUAUUGAUAAAUAUUGCAGGCAUUGCUUUGCCUGCUAUAGCAGAGAGGGUGUCUCGGGAAAAGAUCGAUAAGAUUUUCAACGUGAAUGUUAUCGGGACCAUACGACUAACCCAGGCCGUUCUGCCUCACAUGAAAGAGCAGCAAUCUGGAAAGAUCAUCACAUUCUCUAGUAUCACUGGUAAAAUAGGUUUUCCGUACUCUGAAUUUUACUGUGCAUCCAAGUUUGCUCUAGAAGGGUUCUUCGAAUCACUGGCAGGAGGUUUGAGGGCAUUCAAAAUCAGAGUAUGUUUGAUCGAGCCUACCCAGGUGGAGAGCGCCCUCUGGGAUUGGAUACUGCAUCAGAUGGAGUCUUUAGCCAACGACCAAACACUUUCGGAAAUCGAUCGCCGACAAAAUCGCAUCACGCAUGCUCGCUCCAAAGAAGGAACUCGCAUGCCUGCUGACGACGUCGUUGGAGCGGUGAUAACGCGUUGUUUAGACGUCGACGAACCUGUUCUGCGUCAUCUACUGGCGCCGGGGGAAACCUGCGACGUCCUUCAGAAAACAUUGGCAGACUUGACGGGUGAAGCGGGGAUUUCUGCUUUCGGAUUCUGAAAUUAAACUUGGAAUUUAGAUGAUUUUAAGCCCUUACAUUUUUUUUUGGGGGGGGGGGGGCGGGGUUGUUAAUAGGUUAUCUUUGUCCAAAAAGUUCGAAGAAAGAAGGAAUAUCGACAAAAAAUGCAGCAAUUUCCCUCUUCACUUCUCCAGCGGAUCUCUAGUUUGUACCAUGCUAGUUUAAAAUAUAGAUGCUGAUACAGCAUCAGUUCUUGCUAAGAGUUUAUCGACUAUCGUUGCCACUGAUAAUGUUCUACUUUCAAUGUAUAUAUAGGCCUAUUUGACGAUAAGAAAUCGUACAUUUUUGCUGGGUUGUGUUACAUGUUACGUCUGUUUUGGUAAGACGUUUGAUGAAUAUUUAACUGCGCAUUAAGGACUUGGGCUGUUCGAAAAAAUCUGUUGGUAAAAUUACCAGCUAUAAAUUUACGAAUAACAAGUGUAUGUAAUGAUGUGCCUAUUAGUGUAGGCCGUAACUUUUGAUUUGAGUUUUUUUUUCCAAUAAGGUCGACAAUGGAGAAUGAAAGGUUAUCGACUUGAAAUAAAGGCCGACAUAUCCCUCUUCACUUUUCCAGAGCAUCUCUAGCUUGGACCACCCUGUAGUUCGAAAUCAAGAAGCGAGUUGUUAAUGAUUUGAUAGUAAAGACGUAAAUAACUCUUGCUUAUGUGUCAAGAAGAAGUCAUUAAAGAAAUAUGUUGCUUGGUUAUAUUGCAUUUUAAGUAUGUUUGGUAGGAUGUUUGUUGAAUAUUAAUAAUAUAAAAAAAAACUAAUUAAGCGCCACUAAGGACUUCCAUUUUAUUCAUUCAAUUUCUGAGAGUUCUUUAAGACCAAGUUUUUGAAGUCCAUCUUCUCCUGUUAAAUCCGAAGCGGCUUGGGCCAAGUUGGUGUCUGCAAUCAGGAGCCGAAGAGCCGGUUCGUCAGCGUUGAUACAGUUCAACAUUACCCUGUCGACAACGUCGUCAACUUCAAAGACCGGUUCCACACGUACUCGUGGAACUUUGUUCUGGAGCUGGCGUCUAUCGAUUGCGUGGAUCGUAUCGUCGUUGGAGUGUGACGUGUAUUGUUUAACCGUGAAAUCCCAGAGACCUGUCUUCACCGGCCCAGGUUCCACCAGACAAACUCUGUUUAUAAAGAAUUACAUGAUAAACGGAUUAAGUUGGGAUGUUGUUUUUUGUUUAAUCGUCUGCAUCUGUUACGACCAUCGUACGAUGGAAUUGUUUACGAUGUUUUGGUGGCAUCGUCGUUAGCUAUGGGCUACGAUUUUGUGUUUAAGCUUUUGUUUUAAGGGUAAUCGUACGAUUUUCUGUGUUUGGCAUCGUAGAGGACCAAAGAAAAAGCCAUACAGAGGACGAACGGAGAUCGUCCGAUGUCCCUGCGCUGAUUGUACGAUGCCGGUACAAAUGUCUUUGCGCUGAUUGUACGAUGCUCAAAUCAUACGAUAGCCCUGCACUAUACGAUGCCCCGACUAUGUAAUUAAGAGCUACGAUCCUACGAUUUUGAAAUAUUUUUAAUAACUUCGCGGAAGUUCGCGCUAAACAUAAUCACAGGGCAUAAUGAUCGUAAAUCCGUACGAACAUCGCACGAUCACCGUUCUCCACCCUACUUGUUGCUAUUGCACAAUUAGCAGUCUAUGAUCACCCUACGGUAACCCUCCAAUGAUCGUAGACCAGUGAGAAAAGUGCAUUACUGCUAAAGGAUACAGUUUUGACGCAUCAUCAUUUCACUAAGAUUUAAUAUUCUUGAUUCAAUACUUGUGUUCAAUUUCCAUUAAAAAAGAUGAAAUGAAAGAAAUAUUGUACAUAAUAUUAUGUUGCAGUAAUUUAGACCAAGGAAAAUAAGAUCCUAUAAAAUAAAGCAUAAUAAUGGAAAUGCGGGGGUUCAGUAAAAUUUU